AUGACUAUCGGAACGCUUCUAAACGUUAAAAUUUUCAUAAUACUGUCAUGUAUUUUGAUAUCGCUAAGUUCUUUGGCGCCUGCCCAACUUUUUUCUCAAGAAGCUCUCUUGGAGAGCGAAUAUUGGUUAGGGGAUAAAUUCAAGGACAAAUCAUAUAAUACUAUCGAUGAAGGACGUCAAGAUGAUACAGCAAAGGUUUUGAUGCACGAAGCCUUUCCUGAGUAUCGAAUAGAAUUAAAUGAACCAACUAUUUGUGAUCCGUCGGUUAAACAGUAUUCUGGAUAUCUCGAUGCUGGUAACAACAAACAUUUUUUCUUCUGGUUCUUUGAAUCAAGGAAUAAACCAGAAACCGAUCCAAUCGUUCUUUGGCUUAAUGGUGGACCUGGAUGUUCCUCUUUAACUGGCCUAUACUUUGAACUUGGCCCCUGCAUGGUCAACGAAGAAGGGACUGAUACUAUCUUUAAUCCCUACUCGUGGAAUUCUAAUGCUAGCGUUAUUUUCUUAGAUCAACCUACCAACGUUGGAUACUCAUACGGUAGUGGUGUGAGCAAUACCCUUUCGGCUGCCGUUGAUGUUUACGCCUUUCUACAAAUAUUUUUCAAAGAAUUUUCUCAAUAUUCUGGCUUGGACUUCCAUAUUGCAGGCGAAUCGUAUGCUGGGCACUAUAUUCCAGCAAUUGCUGCCGAAAUUAACAACAACAACAAGGGGACUUCAUCCUGGAUCCUAAAAACAAAACCAAAAAAUCUAAGACAUGUUAAAUUGGAAUCAAUCUUGAUUGGAAACGGCCUGGUAGAUCCUUUGGUCCAAUACGAAUUUUACCCGGAUAUGGCUUGCAAUUCCUCUUAUGAUCCUGUUUUGGAUGAGGCUACAUGUGAUCGUAUGAGGAAAGCUUAUCCAAGAUGUGCGCGAUCGAUUCAAAGAUGCUACGAUAAUCCAAACAUGUUCAAUUGUGUUCCAGCCACCAUGAGUUGUAAUAGGGAAAUGAUUAUGCCUUAUCAACAAACUGGAAUGAAUGUUUAUGAUGUAAGGAAGAAAUGUGACGGUGGAAAUUUGUGUUAUCCCAUCCUAGAAGCUAUUGAGAAAUAUUCCAAUCGUGAAGAAGUUAAGAAAGCAUUGGGAGUUAAUCCAAGAAUAGAAUAUAAGAGUUGUAAUAUGGAUAUUAAUUUCAAAUUUAUGAUGGCUGGUGACUGGAUGCGCCCUUACCAUCGAUUGAUCCCACCUCUAAUGGAAAAUAAUAUCCGUGUAUUAAUCUAUGCCGGUGAUGCUGACUAUAUUUGUAAUUGGAUUGGCAAUGAGGCCUGGGUCAAGGAACUCCAAUGGCCAGGCAAAAAUGGAUUUAAUGCCGUUGAUGUUAAACCAUGGUUAACUUACGGUGAUUCGCUACAUGCCGGUGAUAUCCGUACGUACAAAGAACUUACAUUCUUGAGAGUUUUCGAGGCUGGUCAUAUGGUGCCAUAUGAUCAACCUCGACCGAGUUUGGAUUUCUUUAAUAGAUGGUUAUUAAAAGAAAGCUUGUAUUAA